UAGAAACACGUGAAGUGUGUUUAAAAUCCAAAUGUGAAAAGCCCAAAACCAUAAACCGUCCUGCGAGGGAAACAAACCAACGCAACCCCUCCCCCUCCGUCGUCUCCGUCAUUAACAGUGUGCCGGAAACGCCACAAUUCCGCUACUAUAACUAAACCGUUAAUGGAUAAUAAUAACUUCCGGCAAUCGGUGAUACCGAUGUUCCUGUACUCAUCUUCGUCUUCAUCGAAGUAUCUCAUCGAGUUCGAGCAUUUGAUUGCGAAACCGCCGAAUUGUUCGUCUUCUUCUCUGUCUACGAGCGAUCUAGGUCAGUUAGAGGUUUUUUCGCCUGCUUAUUACGCGAAGUGUAGCAUAGGUGGCGUUUUCAGUUGCGGACUUACUCAUAUGGCGGUUACUCCACUCGAUAUUGUCAAAUGCAAUAUGCAGAUUAACCCUGCAAAAUACAAGAACAUUUCUUCUGGUUUUGGAACAUUAUUGAAAGAGCAUGGAAUUAAAGGAUUUUUUACAGGCUGGGUGCCAACUUUGCUAGGUUAUAGUGUACAGGGUGCUUGCAAGUUUGGGUUUUAUGAAUUCUUCAAAAAGGCCUACGCUGACAUUGCUGGUCCAGAGAAUGCAGCCAAAUAUAAAACGUUAAUCUACCUUGCAGGUUCUGCAUCUGCAGAACUUAUUGCUGGAAUUGCCCUAUGCCCUUUUGAGGCAGUUAAGGUUCGUGUUCAAACAAAUCCCGGAUUUGCCAAAGGUAUAUCAGAUAGCUUCUUAAAGUUCAUUAAUGCUGAAGGCACUGCUGGGCUGUACAAGGGGCUAGGACCUCUCUGGGGGCGACAGAUUCCAUAUACAAUGAUGAAGUUUGCAUGUUUUGAGACAAUAGUGGAGAUGAUGUACAAACACAUCAUCCCCAUACCAAAGGAUGAAUGCAGCAAAAGUUUGCAGCUUGGAGUGAGCUUUGCUGGUGGGUAUGUGGCUGGCGUACUAUGUGCUAUUGUUUCUCACCCUGCUGAUAACUUAGUUUCUUUCCUCAAUAAUUCCCAAGGGGCUACCGUUAGCAACGCUGUCCAGAAGCUCGGUUUGCUAGGUUUAUUCACUCGCGGUCUUCCUCUUCGCAUUUUAAUGAUUGGAACACUUACUGGGGCACAGUGGGGGAUCUAUGAUGCUUUUAAAGUAGUUGUUGGCCUGCCAACUACUGGUGGAGUUGGUGCUCGGUCUUUGAAAGGGAAGAGUUAUGAUAAAGUGGAGUGAUGUUCAAGGACGCGUAGGAAGUUUAUUUUUUUAUGAGUAAAUAACAUUAGGUUAACCGUGGGGGUUUGGUUUCGUUCGUUCUGGGGUUUUUGGUUACCACGAUUGUUACUUGAAACAUUUUGCACAGGGUCCGUUUCUCAUCAUCUUGGUCAUCAUCUAAUGAGGUGUACCAAGAAAUCAUUCGUAGCAAGCAAUUUUUCAAAGCAAAUCUAAAGCUUUCUUUACUGUUAAUGUAUAUUGCAUCGAAUACGAGUUUAAUCUACGUUCCAGACAGAAAUUACGAACUA